AUGCUUGCAGGAAAAGCGGCGGAGAAAGAUGAGAAAAGGCGCGACGGCGGCGAAAAGCGGGAAGAAGAAGAGUGUGACCUUCGUGGCUGCUCGAAGCUGGUGGAGAUCACCUCACUUGAGAAGUUCUUUCAAGAGAGAAUCAAGAUCGGCGAGUCGGUGACCAUCUCCCGCGACAAGAACAAGAUCACCGUCACCGCUAAUUCGAACUUGUGGGUGUAUGUGGUUUCUUACCUUCUGUGGCAGGGGUUCAGUGUGGACGUGGGAUUUAGGAUGAGAAUGUAUGGUUGUUACUGA